CUUGUAUUAUCUACCUUCAGAAACAAUAACGCCCCGGGUCUUCUGGAAGGCUAAGGCAGAAAAACAGCCAGGCUCUUUAUAAGAUCAUAGACGUUUGGAAAUCGCGUCGUCAUUUUUCUGGGCACUACCUCUCUGGAUAUCGCUAGAAGAUCAUCGUCGAAAGUAUGCCUCCGAUACGAACCUCAAGGAAUCGUAAACCACCACCUGCAGGCUUUGAUGAUAUAGAGGACACUUUGCUGGAGUUCAGCAACAAAAUGAAAGAUGCGGAAAACGCGCCACACGAUGGCAAGAAGAAACAUGAGAUGUUAUGGCCGAUUUUCCAAAUAAGUCAUCAGCGCUCGAGAUACAUAUACGACCUUUAUUACGAGAAAGAGGCGAUAUCAAGGCAGUUGUAUGAAUGGCUUCUCAAGAACAAUUAUGCGGACGCCAAUCUCAUCGCCAAAUGGAAGAAACAAGGCUACGAAAAGCUCUGUUGUCUCCGCUGCAUUCAGACGAAAGAGACAAAUUUUAAUGCGACGUGUAUCUGCCGGGUGCCGAAAGCCCAGUUGAAGGAGGAUCAGAUGAUUCAGUGCGUCAGUUGUGGUUGUCGAGGCUGCGCAAGCAGUGACUGAUACUCAUUUCGCGUGGAGGAUUCGGACAUGAGGACAUCCAGCAUCACCAAGACUGGUUCUGUGGUUUGAUUGCGUUGGUUGAUAUCUCUUUUGGCUGAUUGAUCUCUCCCUUCUUACUUGUGGAAACGUUUUUUUGCCUCUGCUGGACCUCAAUUGUUUUGUCUAGCUCAAGUUGUCAGACUACGUCUUCCCACAAGCCUUUCUUUCCUAAACACAUGACAUGAUACCCACUCAUAUGAUAACUCUCAUGAUUUCACGAAUUCAGGCAAGAAUAUCCCGAAAUCUUUUGAUCUCCUUUGUUCUAAGAGAAAUUCCAUUAUAAAAUUCUUCAAUUGCAGAAGUGAAUUCAUUCGG